UGUGUGUGAGUGAGAGAGAGUGAGAGAGAGAGAGAGAGAGAGAAAGAAAUGGACCUUCACAUCUUAGAACACAGGCUGAAAGUGACCAGCCUCAGUAAAGCUGGGCUGGAGAGAUACACUCAUGGACUCAUCAAACUGGUCUUUCUACGUGACAGGACGAGAUGCAAGUUCUUCUGCCUGACGGAGAUGCCAAAUGACUACACCCUGGUUCUGGAUGAGGAGGGAUUUAAAGAACUGCCGCGGACGGACUUCCUGCAGGUGGUGGAGGCCACCUGGUUGGCGCUGAACGUUGUGUCCAAUGGCCACUCGUCCACCGGCUCUCAGACGGUCGGAGUGACCAAAAUCGCCAAGUCGGUCAUCGCCCCCCUGGCUCAGCACAAGGUCUCCGUCCUGAUGCUGUCCACCUACCAAACCGACUUCAUCCUGGUCAGGGAGAGUGAUCUGCCGGCUGUCAUCCACACUCUAUCGGAGGAGUUCAGUAUUUACCGGGAGGUGAAUGGGGAGUCUGUCGCCGUGACCAGCACUGAUGUCUCUAACGGUUUCCUUAAAUCGAAGAACGGCUUCAGCCCCACUCUCCACCCGGUGUUGAGCCCCAAGAAUCUGUUCUGUGUGAUGAGCCUGGAUCCGGACACCCUCCCCACCAUCGCCACCACCCUCAUGGACGUGAUGUUCUACUCCACAAGUGUGAAAUGGGAAUCGGCCGAUCAGGACCUGGACCACAUCCACUUCUUCUCUUUCUCCCUCAUCGAUGGCUACAUCUCCAUCGUGGUGGACACACAGACACAGAAAAGGUUCCCCAGUAACCUGCUGCUCACCAGUGCCUCAGCCGAGCUGUGGCGAAUGGUUCGAAUCGGUGGUCAGCCUCUGGGAUUCGACGAGUGUGGAAUCGUUGCUCAGAUCUCUGAGCCGCUGGCAGACGCUGACAUCUCCGCCUACUAUAUCAGCACCUUCAACUUUGACCACGCGCUGGUGCCCGAAGAAGACAUCACAACAGUGAUCGGUCUGCUACAGUCCCGCAAAAUGGUGAAAGAUUGCGUCUCCAAACCCGUUCAACUCUGAAGGGUACAGAGUGCGUGGCUUUGUCAUUGGCGUUCCUGCCCCCUCGAAUCGACGCGUUUGUUCAAAAUACGAAACAAACAACAA